AGAAAAACGCUCCUCGGCUGACGGAGCCUCUGCUGCCUUCCGACGUGAUCCUAAAAAAACCCCAGACUUGAAUUUUCCAGGGUGACUCCAAAAUCCUAUAUCUGGGUCACCCUCAGUCGCUGCUGCUCCUCGCCGCGCUCAGCAGCCCCGCCGGGGCUCUGCAUGUCCUGAGGACGGGCAAGACUAUGCCACGCUCAGGGAGCGGCUGCAGCCCAGGCCAUGGUGGGGUCCAGAGAGGCCUUGGUGCUCCACGUCCUGCUCUGCUGCCUGUCUGGAGGUAUUGCUGCAGGUGGGGCCAACAUCAAGUGCUCAGGGCAGGUCUGGAUCGAGCCCGCUCCGGUGGUGCCGAUGGGCUCCAACAUCUCCAUCAACUGCCUCUCCACCCUCGGCUGCCCCCGCGCCCGGUUCAGCAUCCUCCUCAACCUCAGCCAGGCUGAGGGUGCCCUGCACCCCAUCAACAGCAGCACCGUCCAGCUCCGCCUGCCCCGUUUCCAGAUGCCCUUUGGGACCGUCACCUGCUUCGCCCGCUGCCCCAACAGCGCCAGGCAACACCUGGUGUGUGGCACCCACGUCUGGGCGGGCUACCCCCCGGACCCCCCCAGCGACCUGCGGUGCAGCAUCGGCGAGGGCUCGGGGCGCCUGGCGUGCCGCUGGGACACGGGGAGAGCCACCCUGCUCCCCACCAGCUACAGCCUCCACCUGCGCAGGAUGGGGAUGGCAGAGGAGGAAGAGGAGGUGGAGGUCUUCCCUGCGGACUCUCCGGUGCUGCUGAGCUCACUGCGUGGCGGGGACAACUACUGGGUGUGGGUGCAGGCCACCAACACGCUGGGCACUGCCCGCUCAGCCCCACGGCACCUCCACCUGCAGGAUCUCGUGGUACCUGCUCUGCCCUUGGUGGCCGGCGCCGAGACGACGGAGACGUGGCCUCCCACCACCACCAUCCUCUGGAGGAGGCAGACACUGCUGGAGAACGUGCACUGUGAGGAGCGACACAAAGCCACGGGGGCCCUGAAGUGGCAUGUGGAGGUGUGGGAUGGUCCAGAGCAGCAGGGACCCCGCCGGCGGCAGGACCUGCAGAGUGACACCCAGUACGUGUUCCAGGUGCGGUGCCGGCUCAGCCCUGCCCACAGCCCCUGGAGCUCCUGGAGCCCCCCCUUUCUCUACACCACCCCCGAGGCAGCCCCCAGCAGGGCACCCGAGGUCUGGCGGCGCCUGGGCCCGGCCUUCCCCAACGGCAGCCACGAGCUGACGGUCUUGAUCAAGCCCCUGAGACCCCAGGAUGCCCGUGGGAGGAUCCUGGGCUACACUGUGGCCACCAAGAGCCUUGCUGGAAGGCUGACCCUCUGCAACACCUCCAGCACAGUGUGCCGUGUCCUGGUGCCACCAGGAGUCCGUGUCCUCCACGUCACUGCUUACAACUCCAGAGGGGCCUCCAGCCCUGCCAGCAUCCCCCUGGGUUGGGGCUCCAGCAGCCAGGAAGAGUUCCCAGCCCCGGUGGCUGUGGAGGUGAAGGCUGAGAAUGGGAGCAGGGUCAGGGUGUCCUGGCAGCCCCCACCCCACCCAGGGAGGUCCCCACUCUGGUUCAUCGUGGAGUGGGUCUCCAGCACCCAGCACAGCUGGGAGGAGCAGUAUUUUUGGAAGAAGGUCCCUUACCAGGAAACACACACAUACAUCCAAGAGGCAGCAGCAGGAGGGCACGUCAACGUGUCGGUGUACAUCAUCUACCCCGGGGGAGUCAGCAAACCAAGCUCCAGCCAAGUCCCUUCAGAGGACCUGCUCCUGGGCAGCACCUACAGUGAGAUCUCCCAUGACAGUGACUCCAGAGUUUUCCUGGGACUGGGCAUCACAGUGGUCACAUUAUCAGUUGCUUUCGUAAUUCUGAUGGUUAAAAAGUCAGCCAGAAAAAGAAUCAAGUCCACGGCUGUGGUGCUGUUGCCAAAAUGGCUCUUUGAAGACUUUCCCCACAUGGAAAACAGCAACGUGGUCAAGUCACUCCAGGAAAAGUGUGACUCCAUGAGCAGCAGUUUCCAUGAGCCAUUUCUGGACACCAGCGACCCCACGGUUAUGGAAAUUGAGGAGGUGCCAGCACGUGAGGAUCAGAAGGAGGUGCCCACCAGAAGGAAGCCCAGCAGAGAGGUCCCUGAGGACAGGGAGCAUGCAGGAAGCCCACAGCCUGUCUCCAUCCUGGCCCCUGAGCUGAUCAGUGACUACAAACCUCAGGUGUCCAACGGGAACCUGCUGGGGUACGUGGCUGCCAAUGUUUACCAAGCACAGGCCCCUGCAGCCCUCCCAGAACCAGAGACCAGCAUCUUCUUCAGAGACUACACGAGCCCUGUGGCCCACCUGUGGGAUGGGGAGGCUGGGGGCCACCACGUCGGCCUGCUGGAGAAGAUCAACCUCAUCUUAAACAACAGCCAGAGCGGGCAGAGCCCCACGUUGGGCUCAGCCUGGGGGGGACACGGUUCCCUCCUGGAGAACCCGUGGGGACCCGGGCCAGCCAGCGAUGGGCAGGAGCAAACCUUGGUCUCUGAUGAGCUGCUCUCCUGCCUGAGAGCCAUGAACGGGGUAGUGGUGGAGGGACAGCCCUGCUUUCCACACAGCAUCAGGGGGUUGUUUUGAGAGAAACUGGAGCUUUGUGUUUCAGAACCCCCCAGCAGGGGCCGUGUCAGCCUUUGGGAGUGCCAGCAGCAGGACUGCAGCAAGAAGUUCUUCACCAGCUGCAAAGUUCUUGUGGCUGCCUGGAGUACCCUGGGCAGUAAAUCACAACUUGAAACUCACCUCAUAUUGUCACCAGCAGAAACCCAUAGAACUCGGAUGCCCUUAGGAAUGGCAGCAGGAAGCAGGGGAUUUUUGGAGGAUGCUCUAUGCUCCAGGGACUAUCCAAACCCACUCUCUUGUUAAAUGCUGGGAGCACGUCAUCCCUGGAGCUGGUUGCAGUUAAGAUGGAUAUAAUGAUUCUAUCGAUGGAUAUGAUGAUCCUGUAGACAUCCUGACUGUCUUGGGGAUCCAGGUGGAUUUAAAGCCUCAGAACUGGUCACUGAGCAGGUACUUCCCUUGGGGUGAGGGAUGGAUCAUCUUCCAGCAGCUUGCUGGCACCUCAGCCUUGCUGCAUAAUGCAGGACAGGGCACAGUACUAAAGCAUCUGUUGGGCACCUGGUGGGGAAUUUGGAUUUUCUGACGUCCAGAAAAUGAAGCACUGGAGCCUCCUCCCUGCUGAGCAGUCGUGGCAUCAUUUACAGGUUUUCUCAGGAAUUACAAAAUGUUCCCAAAGCAAGCAGAAACCCCCUGGAACUGUGAGCGGUUGGAUUCCUCAUCUGUUCCUGGGUCCUCCACACCCGUUUGUGGAGACACUCCCAGGAGCAGAGGUGUAAAAGAUGCCUGUGAGGCUCCAUGAAAUGCCUGGGUGCUUGAUGCUCCCCACGGGGUCUGCUCUGUCUCACCUCCCCCAGCCUCAGCUGUCCCAGCACAGACCGGUCCUGCUCCGGUGGAGGUGACACCACGUGGGGCAGGUGCUGGGACAGGGCCUGGAGCUGUUGCAAAUCAGCCUUGUUGUGCACUCCUGGAUCCUCUCACACCACCACCGCUCUGCGCUGGACCUGUUGUUGCCUUCCAGCAACCCAAGAGAUCCAUCACUUGACUUGACGUGGUGGCAGUGACCAGGCAGGACGGGGUGGGACCCUUCUUGAGAAGCAGCAAACUGGUUCCCAGCCAGACGUGUCACUCUGACCUUCCAGGGAGCCUAAAAUUAGCGAGUGCUGCCUGUGCAGGAAGGAAACUGCAGAACAGCCACGUCCUGUUGGCAGCCCAAGGUGAGGUGGGGAAGGUGCUGGGUUUGGGGUUUUUUCCAUGUCCACAUCCUGAGGCUCGUGCUGCCUGUGUCACCACCACUACCCAACCACCUGGGCUAAACUGCUCAUCUUGCCCAAAACCAAAGCUAAAAGCCUGGGCUGACCUGGGAAUUUCCAGCCCUGCCAGCUGGCUCCAGAAUGGACAUCUGCAGAUCCAUCUGUGGCUGGAGGAGCCCAGCUCCUCUGUUGCUCAGCAGCUCCCAGCUCUCCCCAUGCCCCUGAGCUUCAGCAGGAGCAAAGCUCUUCUCCUGGGGGACAAGGGGGAUAUUAAAUCUUUGUAUGGAUGCAUCUGGUGAAUACAGACUGGUACUGGAAAAAAUGGAAAGAGGAAGUCACAAAUGUAUGUAUAUUUAGAGUCACAGAAUCAUUCUGGUUAGAAAAGACCUUUGAGAUCAUCAAGUCCAACCACUACCCCAGCACUACAAGAAUAUAUAUAUAUAUAUAUUCCAAGGGAACUAUUCUGUUCUAAUAUACAAUAUAUUUCCCCCUCUCCUUCCCUUCUAACCCACUUGGAUAGUGCUUGUAUGUACCAAGGGUUAAAAAGAGGUGUCAGACCUGGCCUGGGAUGGGUCCCCAUGACACUCACCUCCUGCAGUGAAUGAUCCAAGGGUCAAUUCACCACCGUGUCCUUGGUUCCAGGUUUCUCCUCGCCAGAUGUGCUCUUCAUUCUGCUGUUGGGAUCCUCACCUGGAGACAACCCUUGAACAUCUGGAUGGCCCAACAUUUGAAAUCAAACCACGAUGGCAUUUUAUUCUCCCUCUCUCAAGUCUCACAUGCUCUCUAAUUCUUGACAACAGUGUUUUCUAAACCUUUGCCUAAGUUUGGUCACGUUCUUGGCAGCCAUCUCUCCUGCCAGCCUUUUCCCUGGGGGGUUGGUCCCUCAGUGAGUCCCACAGAUUGUCCAGCUUCAUUGCAACGAGGGUCACACGCCUUGGAGAGACACCAGGGAAGGAUGUGCUGAGGAACAUCUCUGCCCAAAAAGUAUCCAGCUCCUGUGUAACUCUGCCCCCACCUGUGUGAGAGUGUAAAUUCACCUGCACAUUGUUCCACAGGAGUGAAAUCUGUGUGUCUUUCCUGUGUGAGAUUUGAUUUUCAUGCUGCGUGAGUAACACGGAGGAAGUGGUUGGUGUCAAAGUCAUGGGGGGGAGGCUUGCACAAGGUGGGCUAUUUUUGGUGUGCAGAAGUGGUGGCCCCACAUCCCCUGAGGUAAAGGAGUGGAGAGCCCGUGUCCCUGGAGCUUGGUGUCCCUGUCCCCCAGGCAGGGACAGCCAGUGGCCCACAGGGAUGUCCCUCCCCAGCCUGGGGACCAGCUCCACGAGAGGAGCACUGCUGCAGGCCAGCAGCUGCCUGCCCACCUGAGUGAGAUGUCCUGAAGUGCCAAAGCAGAACAGCUCGUGGCCCCCAAAGAGGCACCAGGACGCGUCUCAUCCCUGUUUACAACCUCAAUAAAAAGGAUUGUUUUACAAAUAAGCUCCACGUGUGAUGAGUUCUGCAUUGAAGGGGCACCAGCAAUUGGUGCAGCUGCUCUGCCCCCACCACCCUGCUUUUCCCAGGAGGACAGAGCACUGACCCUGCUUUAGUGUCUCAGGCACCAGAGAGCUGGGCUUUAGUCUCAGCUUAGUCAUGGACUGGAUGUGUGAGCUCCACCGUGCAGCUUG